UCGGAUCUUUCCUACUCCGGACACCUUUACAGUGGUUAUCUGGAAUACAAGACAUCUAUGAACGCCAUGUUGGCUAAUAAACUUUUCCAUGGAAGAUCUGUGAUCUCCCGAUCGAGGAACAGGGUGAGUGAUGAUAUAUCUCUGGUUGUGGGGAUCUUCUACACGCACCAUGCGGUCCAAUAUGAAAGGAAGCUUCUUGGCCUGGAGGCGCGCAAGCAGAGACGCAAACCCGGACGAGCCUCCGCCGGAAGAAGACGAGCAGGUCUCAAAGCAUCUCAAUCCCCUCACAUGAGUGAGAAUGAGGACGGGGUGGAGGGAGAGACGGAGCACUCACAACACAAAGUCAACCUGCUCCACAUUCUCCAGCAAGGAUGGGACCUCAGUACCUUUAACACCUUUACUCUGCUGGACUGCCUGUCUAGAUAG